AAACAGGUUGAAAAUUCCCUUGGACUUUCUCACUUCCAGCACUGUCAGCCUGCCUCCAGCCAAGCUCAGUUGACCAGCGAGCAGGCUUUGCUUGGCAGGCUGCUUUGGCCAGAUACCUGCUUGGGGUUUGUGUCUGCUCCAAGAGGAGGACAAUCAGGAGGAGGAUGACGGGCUUGCAGUACUUGUCAGGAUUUGGAAAUGAACAUGUUUCUGAGGAUCCACGCUGUCCAGGAGCUUUGCCAGAGGGACAGAAUAACCCUCAAGUCUGCCCAUAUGGUCUAUAUGCUGAACAACUCUCGGGCUCUGCCUUCACCUGCCCCCGGCCCACCAACAAGCGAAGCUGGCUGUAUCGAAUCCUUCCUUCAGUCUGCCACAAACCCUUCAAACCUCUUGAGGACGGACACUUGACAAAUGACUGGGAUGAAAUUGAACCUGACCCCAACCAGCUGCGAUGGAAACCUUUUGAGAUUCCAAAAGCCCCUCACAAUAAGACCGACUUUGUGAGCGGACUGUACACCUUGUGUGGUGCCGGUGAGCCCAGAGGACGCAAUGGCAUUGCCGUCCAUAUUUUUGUCUGCAACACCUCCAUGAUCAACAGAUGCCUUUAUAAUUCAGAUGGUGACUUCCUGAUUGUGCCCCAGCAAGGAAAACUGCUCAUCACAACCGAGUUUGGGAAGAUGCUAGUGGAGCCCAACGAAAUCUGUGUCAUCCAGCAAGGAAUGCGUUUCAGUGUGGAGGUGUUUGGAGAGACCAGAGGCUACAUUCUGGAGGUGUAUGGGGCACAUUUUGAGCUGCCUGACCUGGGACCCAUCGGAGCCAAUGGCCUGGCCAACCCACGUGACUUCUUGGUGCCUGUUGCAUGGUAUGAGGACCGCCAAGUGCCAGGGGGCUACACGGUAAUCAGCAAAUACCAGGGCAAGCUGUUUGCAGCCCAGCAGGAUUUCUCCCCCUUCAAUGUUGUAGCUUGGCAUGGGAACUACACGCCGUACAAAUACCAUCUGGAAAAAUUCAUGGUCAUUAAUGCUGUUGCUUUUGAUCAUGCGGAUCCUUCUAUCUUCACUGUCCUGACAGCCAAGACGACCCGUGCUGGAGUGGCGCUCGCUGACUUUGUCAUAUUCCCCCCACGAUGGGGGGUAGCUAACAACACCUUCCGUCCACCAUACUACCAUCGGAACUGCAUGAGUGAGUUCAUGGGGCUCAUCAAGGGCCACUAUGAAGCAAAGGAGGAAGGCUUCCAGCCUGGAGGUGGCAGCUUGCACAGCAUGAUGACCCCUCACGGGCCAGAUGCCGACUGUUUUGAGAAGGCGAGCAAAGCCAAGCUGGAGCCUGAGAGGGUUGCAGACGGGACCAUGGCCUUCAUGUUUGAGUCAUCCCUCAGCCUUGCUGUCACCAAGUGGGGCCUCCAGACCUCCAACCGCCUAGAUAAAAACUACUACAAGUGCUGGGAACCUCUGAAAAGCCAUUUCAACCCUAAAUGCAAGUAAAGAGAAGGUGCUUGCUGCUUGCAACACGAGUGAAGGCAGGGAAAUCCAGCAUACCUACAUGUGAUGGCACAGCCAACUCGGGCAAUGCAGAGUGCCCUAGCACAGAAUGGCACAGAAUAGCACAGCAGCCACCGAGCCACGAAAAUGAUCAUCCCUAUGUAACUUGGGAAAUGCAGGAAAAGAACACCAUUAUUCUUAACUUUCAAGUAUCCAAUUAAAGCUUUCCUGGUGACACAUUGAA